AUGCUAGACACGGCCAGCAAUGGGAACUUCCUCAAUCAGGAUGUAGAUGAUGACUGGCAGUAUGUGGAGAACAUUGCCAACUCGGAUGAAAGCUAUGGGGAGGAGUAUGAUCGCACAGACCGGACCUCGACCGACAACUCGAUCGAGUCAGAUGCACAGCUGCACAAAGACAUGCAUGCUCUAAAUUCCAAGUUAGACAAACUGAUACUAGCUCACUUCCCUGCGAAGCAUGUCAUCUCUGUCUCUGACAAGGUGGCUAUGGGAACGCCCACUCUAGACCUCAACCUAGCUAUGGCCAACAAGGGAACUUCAAGAGCUAUCACCUCAACUUUCAGAACCAACAACCAAGUGUGCCACCUGGAUUCGUCCAGUAGCUUCUACAAGGGCAGGCCAAGGUGCUUCAUCCUCUUCAUCUCAGGAAUAUGCUCAAACUGUAACACUAAGAAGCGUCGACAGCUGCCUAACAGAGUUGGUAUACCUCAAAUCGCUGUGGACAUCGAUGACGAGGAAGGGGAGGAUUUAGUUGAGUAUUCAGACAUUCCUGCACUCAACUCGAUCGAGCCUGAACACAACACUCAACCAGAGCUCGAUCGAGCUAGUGAACCGGAAGCUCCACAAGACAAACCUGAACUCGAUCGAGCCAGAGAGCAAGCUGACAAAGCUAGUUAUAGCCAGCUGCCUAAGCCUGUUGGUAAGAAGAAGGACACUCCAUUCGUGCCACCACCAUACAAACCCCCUCUACCUUUCCCAGAAAGUGCAAUCAUUCAACGAAAGGUUAUCUCCGACAAAAAGGAAGAUCCGGGGAGUUUUACACUACCUUGCAUGCUAGGACCUCUAUCCUUCAAAAACAGUCUUUGCGACCUAGGAUCAUCAGUCAGCCUUAUGCCUUUGUCAGUGGCGAAGAGACUGGGCUAUCACAAGUAUCAAGCCUGCGGAAUCUCACUUGUUUUGGCGGAUAGAUCAAUAAGGCUGCCUACUGGGAUGCUUGAAGAUCUACCUUUGAGGAUAGGGAAUGUUGAGAUCCCCACCGACUUCAUUGUGCUUGAAAUGGAUGAAGAACCAACAGACCCUUUGAUACUAGGAAGACCAUUCUUAGCUACAGCAAGAGCAAUGAUAGAUGUCUGUGAAGGAACAAUAGAGCUGAACCUUGGAAAGGACCUAAGAUGA